CGUCAUUGCUCGGUAACCGCGGGAGGAGGCGCCAUUUCACGCCCCUGGGCGGCAUCAAGCCACUCCGUCUGUGACAGCCACACGGGCGGAGAGUUCGCACCGCGGUUCGACUUGUAUCACCCGGCGUCAACGCAUCUCUUACCCGCUUCGGAGUCAUGGAAACCCCGGGAGAGCGGGCCUCUCCGGUCGCCAGCGGCUCCGUCUAGGUCCUGGACUCUUGACAGCUACGGCUUGCUAGCUAUGUGAGCUAGCAUCUCCGGCGUUUGUCGGCGAAACGGGUUCCGUCCCAGCUCGGAGGGUGGCCGACACAUAGGAGGCGGGGGUCGGAUUUCCGCCAUCACAAGACCAAGCUCCCAACCAACAGUCUUUGUUAGAAUUCCGCAUUUUAUUGAGCCGCAUUGGCAACGGAUGUCCUAGAGAACGGAUGCGCGAGGACAUGACCAGCAUGGUGCGCGCCAAGGCGGAGGAGGAGCCCGGUGAGAAGCUGUCCCAGGAUGAGAUCAUCUCGCGCACAAAGCAGGUGAUCCAGGGCCUGGACGCUCUGAAGCUGGAGCACCAGUCCAUCCUGGACGGGCUGCUGGGCACGCUGCGCCGCCUGAAGCGGGACGAGGAGGGCACGGUGCUGGCGGCCGAGGAGAAGUCUCACGUAAUCCGCAAGUCGCUGGAAAUGUUGGAGCUGGGGCUGAGCGAGGCCCAGGUGAUGAUGGCCCUGUCGGCCCAUCUGAGCUCGGUGGAGUCGGAGAAGCAGAAGCUGCGGGCGCAGGUGCGGCGCCUGUGUCAGGAGAACCAGUGGCUGCGGGACGAGCUGGCCGGCACGCAGCAGAAGCUGCAGAAGAGCGAGCAGAACGUGGCGCAGCUGGAGGAGGAGAAGAAGCACUUGGAGUUCAUGAACCAGCUCAAGAAGUACGACCAGGAUCUCUCGCCAUCGGAUGAGAAGGACUCAGACACAAGCAAGGAGCCUUUGGACGAUCUCUUCCCAGAUGAUCACGACGACCAAGCGCAAGGCAUGGAGCCAUCUUCUCAUGGUAGUGCGGCGGCAGCGGCGGCCCAACAAGGCGGCUACGAGAUCCCAGCCCGCCUGCGCACCCUACACAACCUGGUGAUCCAGUAUGCCUCACAGGGCCGCUAUGAGGUGGCCGUGCCGCUCUGCAAGCAGGCCCUGGAGGACCUGGAGAAAACGUCGGGUCACGAUCACCCGGAUGUGGCCACCAUGCUCAACAUCCUGGCCCUCGUUUACAGGGAUCAGAACAAGUACAAGGAGGCCGCCAACCUGCUCAAUGACGCUCUGGCCAUCAGGGAGAAGACACUGGGCCGAGACCAUCCUGCUGUCGCCGCCACGCUCAACAACCUUGCCGUGCUGUACGGCAAGAGGGGCAAGUACAAAGAGGCCGAACCGCUGUGCAAGAGAGCGCUGGAAAUAAGAGAAAAGGUGCUGGGCAAGGACCACCCGGAUGUGGCCAAGCAGCUCAACAACCUGGCCCUGCUGUGUCAGAACCAGGGCAAGUACGAAGAGGUGGAGUACUACUACAUGCGAGCACUGGAGAUCUACCAGACCAAACUGGGGCCCGAUGACCCCAACGUCGCCAAAACCAAGAACAAUCUGGCCUCCUGUUACCUCAAGCAAGGCAAGUUCAAGCAGGCCGAGACACUCUACAAAGAAAUCCUUACACGGGCCCACGAGAAGGAGUUUGGCUCUGUUGACGGUGAGAACAAACCCAUUUGGAUGCACGCUGAAGAGAGGGAGGAGCAAAGCAAGGGCAAGCAGAAGGACGGCUCACCGUUUGGAGAGUACGGCGGCUGGUACAAAGCUUGCAAAGUGGACAGCCCCACCGUCACCACCACGCUGAAGAACCUGGGCGCGCUGUACAAGCGGCAGGGCAAGUUCGAGGCGGCCGAGACCUUAGAGGAGGCCGCCAUGCGCUCAAGGAAGCAGGGCCUGGACACGGCCCACAAGCAGCGCGUGGCCGACGUGCUGGGUGAGCCGGAGGCUCGGGAGAAGCAGCGUAGCCGCGAGAGCUUAACGUCUGACACAGUCAAGUAUGAGAGUGGGCCCGACGGUGGCGAGGAAGUGAGUAUGAGCGUGGAGUGGAACGGGGACGGCUCGGGCGCCCUGAAGCGAAGCGGCUCCUUCAGCAAACUGCGAGCAUCGUUGCGCCGCAGCAGCGAGAAGUUGGUGCGCAAGCUCAAAGGCGGCGGAAGCGGCGGUCAACCCAAAAACCCCGGCUUGAAGCGGGCCAGCUCACUCGGGGUUCUCAACGUGGCCCAGGAGGCCCCGCUCACUCAGCGCCACUACCAAGAAGGAAAUCAUCGUCUGAGAAUGAGUCGCGACCUGAGUGCCAGCCAAACCGACUUGACGCGUUGAUCCUGCGUGAUGACUCACCACUACUUGUAAAAAUGCACCAAAAAUUCUACUUGGAUUUUCAAGCUUGCCGGCGGUCGUAAAGUGGCUGUCGCAUCUCGUGAAGCGUUUUUUGGUGUCAGUCAUCACAUCUUCAGAUGAAAAACUUGUUUUGAAAGAGUUGUGUUUAUUUAGAGGUUUUUGGCGACUUAUAGCAAAUGAUGAUUGUUUGCCAGCGGGCACAUGAAGGCAACAGACGAGAUUUCGACUCUUCCUUUAAAGCACUGAAAGAUUACUUUUUGGGUGAAAAGUUCCGCUUUGACCAUAAAAAUGUAGGGACUAAUAACACACAAAAUAGUAUAUACGUAUCUAAAAAUCGUUUUAAGAGUCAUCCCCCCAAAAAAUUGGAUUUUACAUGACAAAGUAACAUGAACAAAUUCAUAAUUUUACAAUAAGGUUAGAAUUACCCCCCCACCCCCAAAAAAGGUAAUUUUAUGAAAAAUGGCUACAUUUCGUGUGAAAAUAACUUAAAACUAAUCUAGUGUCUAGCCAAAGAAAAGCAUUAGUAUUUUUAUGAAGAAAAAAUUAAUUUGACAAGAAAAAAAGACGUGUGUAGAUUUGUUUUCAAAAAAAAUUUUCCUUGAAAAACUUCAAUUAAGAAAAACAAUAAACAAGCUAUAAAAAAGUUUGAAUUAAUUACUUUUUGGGGUAAGUUUGCAAAAAAUAUGCUUGUGAAAAAUUAAAAAAAAUUAUGUCAAAGUAGUAAGUCUUCAACUUGAGAAUUUCCUUCCAAAAAAAUUGUAAUUUUAGAAGGGAAAUGCAUAUUGGUUACAAAAAUAUGCAUUUGUAAUUUUGACCAAAUAAAUAUAUGCUUGUUGCAACCAAGUUAGAAUUAAGUUGUUUUUUUUUUUUUUUUAUCUUAUAGUAAAUGGUUGACAUGAGAAUUUUCCUUUUUAGAAGAAAAAAAAUAUACCAACAAUAAAAGAUGUUUUACAAAAAAUAUGCAUAUGUGACCAAAAUAAACCUUGAGCUAAAUGAGGGGGAAAACGUAUUUUCAAACAUUUUAUGCAAAAUAAGAUUUUACAUUUUAGAACUUUAAAUUGUUCAAUAAAAUUUAUCAUUUCAAGAGGGGGAAGUUUUUUGUCAGAAAAAGUUUCAAUGAUGCUUUUGAACUCCUGCAUGAUGAAAUAAUUGAAUGUUAACCCUUUGUAGGGCAAGUGACUAUUUUUGGUCAUUUUGAAAUCUUUCAGUGAAAUUGACAGAGUUAGACGUCCAGUCCAAUUGGACUGGGAGCGGAAAAUUGAUUCAUUCAACCCUCCCCAGUCCAAAUGGAUUGGACGUCUAAUGCCGUCAAUGCCAGCCAAUGAGUUGAACAGAUCCCUAUGAACGGUUAAAUGUAAGAACAAUUCUUUGCACUACUGGAUUACAAGCAAAUUGCCUUUGAAUUUGAUUUUAUAUGGACAAGACGUGACCAAAUGACAAUAACAUACAAUUUACACAUUCAUCAUAUUAUCCCCCCCAUCCUUUUUGCAGGGUAGUGCAGUAAGCCUUAUUUUGCUUUUUUGUAUUAUGCUGAUGUCAAAACAAAAAUGUCAUUCCAAGCGCUUGCUAUCCUUUCCCAAAACAAACUUUAUUUAAUCAAACAUGACAUAUUUUUGAAUAUUCACGUGACUGUUGAUCGGUCUUUUUUGGCGCUGAUUCACUAGAAAAAACAACAACCGUGACGUCAUUUCUGUCUAAUGAAACAUGAUGAAGAUAUCAUGAGAGGGACGGCCAUUCACCGUCACGAUUUAGGGCAAAUUACUAUUUUUUUUUUGUAAUUUACAAAAAGAAAAAACGUAACGUCCGUCUGGCACUGUCAAUGGCAGCAAUGAUUUAAAGCAACACUUGGUAACUUUUCAACCUUUUAUAAAAUAUUUUCAUAACGUGAUUAUAUGUCGACUGAAAACUAGUUCAAUGACACCUCUUUUUACAUCUUGAGGGGGUCUGUAUUGCUUUUACCGGCACUAAUUAACUUUGAGGAGGGAGGUUUCUGCCACACAAAAAAACUACAAAUGUGUUGACUACGGCAUACGUCACUUCCCCUUUUCCCCAUUCAUUAUAAAGAUGGAAGUCGAUGCGAACGCGUUUGCGCGAAUUCUGCAAAGAUGGCAGAGCAACAAGAGACAAAAAGUUUUGUCUGAGGAGGGAAAAAAAGGCAGGCUACCCGGAUAUACAGAAUAAACAUUGGCCUGGCUUUCACUCACUGGCGUUGAACCCAAGAGUGAUUUAAAAAAAAAAACAUUUUUUUACCACCACUAAACACACUAAACUCGCUGGAAUUAACUCUCGUACCUGGUGGGAAACGUUUAUGACAAUGUUUACUAACCUUUAAUUUUGUAUAAAUGCAAAAUCAUAUUGGAGGUGGGGGAGGGUUGAGGCUUUCAGCUGCAACUGAGGGAUUUCUCCCUGCAUUUUUGGGACAUAAAAAAUAGCUAAUUCAUUAGUGAACGUAUGAUGGAAAAUUUUUGCGGUUUUGAAACAGUGACGUUUUCAUACCACGGUAUAGCUUGAAACUGGUAAUCGGCACAUAUCUACUUUGAAUGCACCUCAGUUUAUGUUUGCAUUUUUAAUAAAGGUAUUAAAAAUACAUUCCCAAUAAUUAUUGUUUUUUCAAUGUGCUUAUAUCUGAAAUAUGCACCUAAGUCAGGUUUGAGUAAAAUUCUUAUAUUACAAUUAGUGUAUUCGUUCAAAUGAAAUUUAAAAAAAAACACUUUUGACUUACAAACAAAAAAAAUUAUCAAAAGGUGAAGGUUAUCAGGCUGGCCGGCUCUAUCAAUAAGGUGUCCCAUAUUUUUAUUUUUGGGGAGUUGGCAACCCUCGCAGCAGCUAACGUGACUUUUUAUAUUGACUGAUGCUGGGCUGCUACUGAGAUGUGUUAACACCCCAGUAAUGGCGGCCACCACAAGAGACCAAUGUCCACGCGCUGGUCCUCAUGGGAAACACAGUCUGCCUUAAGGCAAAACCGCUUUUGUCCACCAGCGUCGCUACAAACAACCAAAACUGAAAAACUACCAAGUGUUUCUUUAAAUGAGUGCCCUAUGAAAGGGUUAAAAAAAGUGGCAAAAGAAAGUUAUAUUAUUUACAGUCACAUAACUGAAAAAUAAAGGAGUAAGUGGUGGACUCUGUUGUGUUUAUUUGCUUUCAUCCUUCUCGGCAGCGCCAUCUGCUGCACAUUUUACAAUUAGAUUUAUUGCAUGAUAAACAUGGCAGCUAUGAGUAUGUUCAGUAAACAAGUUUAGUAAAUUCUGUGAGAAGCAACAAGUACCCCAUACUGUAUUUUUGCCUCUUGUAUCCUGAAAUUUCUUUCGUAACGAGGCAAUAUUUUCCUGUUGAGGCGUUGUAACCUGAAAAUUCUGUAUGUAGAGACGUUCGUAAGUAGAGGUGCCACUGUAUUUGUUACAUUUUUUAAUUCAUUUUUAUGCUUUAUAAGAAAAUUAUGUCUGAAUUUUUGAAAGCUGGAACGGAUUAAAGCUAUGACAUGGAAAACAGAACAGAACCAAUUAAUUUCGUAAGUAGAUAUAGAUAUUUAUUAUUCAAAAAGCUUAGAAUCAUUAAUUGAUGUCUAAUAUUUCGUUUAAAAAAAAAAAAAAAACUUUAAAAAAUUAUUCACUCCCAUAUUUUAAAUUUUAAACAAAUG